UGACCAAAAAUUAGCAAAACGAUAACAUCUGAAAUAAUUGGAAACAAUCAAACUGUAAUUAAGGAAAUACUCAAAAGCUAGUUUUGACGACCUGCAGUCACACCUUUCAACGUCCAUUAGUCGAAAUGAAAGCAAAUUGUCCACCACGUAUAAAAACCACAGAAUUUUAAAUUUAUCUUUAUUUAAAAUAGUACCGCUUAAACAUGAAUCUCUUCGUGGCAACACUUUUCCUAUUUGGAUUCAAUGCAUCUUUGGCUUUAUACCCAAGUGCCAAUUACAAAUCUGUGGUAGUUGAGAGACCGCAAGAAGUUUAUGGUCUUCCUCACUUCAAAGUUCCUUCGAUUAUUUACGGAGUACCAUCACGGACAUUCGAUCUCGACGUAUCAGACUUGCUGGUGCAAGUAAGCGACAAGGAGGAAGUCCUGCAAGUACCAUCAACCUCAUACGGAGUACCACUGCAAAAAGUUGCAGUACCGAGUAAACCAUCCGAAACCUAUGGAGCACCAACGUUGCGUGCAACAGAAGUCUUGUUUGGUGGCGACAUUUUGGCACAAAAACUGCCAUCGACUUCGUACGGAGUACCAGUAGAGAAUGUGAUUUUCAAAAAACCGGCGCAAGAUUAUGGAGUGCCAACUCUGCACUCAACCGACUUUGUUGUUGUCCCAGAAAAACCGGUGGUGACAAAGAUUGAAGUACCUUCGGUAGAAUACGGAGUACCGGAAGUUGUGAUUACGAAAAAUUUUGAAACUUAUGAGUUGCCAAAAGUACGCGUUCCUGUAGUCGAGUAUGGAGUACCGGAGAAACCGAGCGAGGAGUAUGGGGUUCCAAAAGUGAGAGUACCAGCCACUGUGUAUGGGGUACCUCUUUGAAUGUACUACAAAUUUUUAUUUGAAUAAAAAAUAUUUAAGCUAA